AUGGCGCAGAAAGGAGUUCAGCUGGGACGAGAAACCUUCUCUUGUUCCAUCUGUUUGGAUCUACUGAAGGAUCCACUGACUAUUCCCUGUGGACACAGCUACUGCAUGAACUGUAUUAAAAGAUUCUGGGACGAAGAGGAGGAGAAGAAGAAAAUCCACAGCUGCCCUCAGUGUAGGCUGACGUUCACACAGAGGCCUGUCCUGAUGAAAAAUAUCAUGUUAACAAUUUUAGUGGAGCAGCUGAAGAAGACUGGACUCCAAGCUGCUCCAACUGAUCACUGCUAUGCUGGACCUGAAGAUGUGGCCUGUGAUGUCUGCACUGGGAGGAAGCUGAAAGCCUCCAAGUCCUGUUUGGUCUGUCUGGCCUCUUACUGUGAGAAACACCUCCAACCUCACUAUGAUGCAGCUCCAUUAAAGAAACACAAGCUGGUGGCCCCCUCCAAGAAGCUCCAGGAGAACAUCUGCUCUCGUCAUGAUGAGGUGAUGAAGAUUUUCUGUCGUACUGAUCAGCAGAGUAUCUGUUAUCUCUGCACAAUGGAUGAACAUAAAGGCCAUGAAACAGUCCCAGCUGCAGCAGAAAGGACUGAGAAGCAGAAGGAGCUCGAGGUGAGACGACUAAACAUCCAGCAGAGAAUCCAGGACCGAGAGAAAGAUGUGAAGCUGCUUCAACAGGAGGUGGAGGCCAUCAAUGGCUCUGCUGAUAAAGCAGUGGAGGACAGUGAGAAGAUGUACACUGAGCUGAUCCGUCUGAUCCAGAAAAGAAGCUCUGAUGUGAAGCAGCAGGUCAGAUCCCAGCAGGAAACUGAAGUGAGUCGAGUCAAAGAGCUUCAGGAGAAGCUGGAGCAGGAGAUCGCUGAGCUGAAGAGGAAAGACGCCGAGCUGGAGCAGCUCUCACACACAGAGGAUCACAACCAGUUUCUACACAACUACCCCUCACUGUCAGCACUCAGUGAGUCUACACACUCAUCCAGCAUCAAUAUUGGUCCUCUGAGGUACUUUGAGGAUGUGACAGCAGCUGUGUCAGAGACCAGAGAUAAACUACAGGACAUCCUGAGAGAGGAAUGGACAAACAUCUCACUGACAGUCACUGAAGUGGAUGUUUUACUGUCACCACCAAAGACCAGAGCUGGAUUCUUAAAAUAUUCACAUGAAAUCACACUGGAUCCAAACACAGCACACAGAGAUCUGUUAUUAUCUGAGGGGAACAGAAAAGUAACAUAUAUGAAACAGCAACUGUUUUAUUUUGAUCAUCCAGACAGAUUCAAUGCAUGCUGUCAGGUCCUGAGUAGAGAGAGUCUGAGUGGAUGUUGUUACUGGGAGGUGGAGUGGAGAGGGGGAGACGUUUAUGUAGCAGUCGCAUACAAGAAUAUCAGCAGAGCAUGUAGAUUUGGAUUUAGUGACAAAUCUUGGGCAUUACGUUGUGAGACAAACAGGUAUAAAUUUUUCUACAACAAAGUCCAAACUGACCUCUCAGGUCCUCGGUCCUCCAGAGUAGGAGUGUACCUGGAUCACAGAGCAGGUAUUCUGUCUUUCUACAGCGUCUCUGAAACCAUGACUCUCCUCCACAGAGUCCAGACCACAUUCACUCAGCCGCUCUAUGCUGGACUUUUAAUUUAUGAUGAUGUCUCUGCAGAGUUGAUUAAGCUGAAAUAGUCAGAAGUCAUUGAGGGACAGUUGGUUAAAAUGUGUGUUUCAGUUUCUUUGGUCUCCAUCAUUGUUGUGCUGUUUCUUCUCUGCACAGAGAUCACCUGUCAGUCACACUUUAUGGCUGCUACUUUGACAUCUUAUUGUUUGUUGUCCAGUUAAUGAUUGAGUUUGUUUGAACACAGAAAUCUAAAAUUGUGUUUCCAUUUAUCUUAAAUGUUGUCAAAUCACAGGAACACUGUUUCUCUGUGUUUGGCACAAAGAUUCAAAUAUUUUGGGAAGAGGUCAGAGUGACGUGAGAAAUUUAUCUCAAAGAAAUUCUGCUGUACACAAAAGUGUUUCUAGUUUGUACAAAGAAGGAAAUAAUUACAAUCAAAGUGAGCAAACAAUA